AUGGUGGUUCCUACUUGCAAAGAGUUACAUGAUACUAACACCAGACAGCAGGUUGAGCUUGACUCGUUACAUACGAAGGUAAACAAUAUCGCCUUGCAAAUUACAUCUACUGCUACUAAAGAUGAUUUAUAUUCUCUCAAGAUCGAAAUAGAGAAUGGGUUUCAUGCUCAAUUGGAGAAUUUUUUUUCUAAUCGAGAUCUAAAUAACAGACAUGAUGCUGAGACUAAUGGAUCCAAUUCAGGAGGUAACCACACAGGUGAAUCUCAGUUCCAUAUGCAUUCAGGAGGCAUAUCUUUUCCACCACCGCAACGUAUGCCAAAAGUUGAUUUCCCUCGUUUUGAUGGUGAUAAUCCAAAAAGCUGGUUACAGAAAUGUGAGUAUUAUUUUCAGAUGCACGAUCUUCCAGAUAACACCAAAACUCGGAUGGAGGCGAUCCAUCUUGAUGGCAAAGCUUUUAAAUGGUAUGAUAACUUUUGCCUCAAUCAGCCUCAUAUUUCUUGGAAAUUCUUCUGUGAUAAUGUGUGUGAUCGUUUUGAAAACCCUGCAAAUGAUAAUACCGUGGGAUUUUUCAAUAAGCUGACUCAACUCACUACAGUUGAAGCUUAUUUUGAAGAAUUUGAGUAUUUGAAAGCUUUGUUAUUGAGUGUUCGUCCACAUUUUCCUGAGUCAUACUUCAUUGCUAGCUUUACUGGUGGUCUGAAAGAAGAACUAAGAAUCUCAAAGGCUACCAAGCCACCACAAAAACUUUUCAACCCAAAUUUUUCUACCUCCAAGCCAUUUACUCCCACUACAUGCACUCCAAAGCCUAGUGUUGUUCCUUCUACUUCACUAAAUCCACAACCACUCCCAAAAAUCAAUGCACCCAUUUCCCUUAAAAGGCUUACACCUAAACAAGUGCAAGCCAGAAAAUCUAAGAGCCUAUGCUUUAACUGUGAUGACUAUUACAGAAGAGGUCAUAUCUGCAAGAAGAAAUAUCUAUGUGUUUUAAUAGGAGAAGAAACUGCUGAAAGUUCUGAGCCAGAAGGGGAGUUACAAUUGGAUACAGAAGAGGCACCUGCUGUGGAAAGUGACAUGGAGAUUUCUCUACAUGCUUUGACUGGUACUAUCUCUACUGAUACAAUUAGAAUACUAGGGUCAAUUAAUAAGAAAAACAUUUCCAUCCUUAUUGAAACUGGAAGUACCAAUAGUUUCAUAGACAGUGCUCUUGCCAAAGAGCUCAAAUGCCCAGUUGAACAAACUGCUAGUUUAUUAGUUACUGUGGAAAAUGGUGAUAAAACUAUCAUCUCAGGUAUCUGCUCUCAGCUAACUUGGUCAAUGCAAGGGCACAAGUUUUGUGGUGAUUUGAGGCUACUUCCCUUGGGGGGAUGUGACAUUGUCUUAGGGGCUGACUGGUUGAGAAACUUGGGAGAUGUACUUUUCAACUUGUCUAAACUGUGCAUUACUUUAAAGUAUAAGGGUAAAAAGAUUACUCUCACUAGAGUGCAACACAAACCUUCACUCAGCAUGAUGAGUGGCUCAGCAAUGAAGAAAUUUUUCCAGAAGCACACUCAUGGAUUAGUGGGUCAGUUAUUUUCCAUUUCUAGUUCCACCACCAACUCCACCACACCACCUCAAAUAUCAUCAUUACUCAACCAAUACCCUGAUAAAACUGUUGUUGAGAAUUUGGUUAAAGAAAUGCUCCAAUCUGGAAUCAUACAACCCAGCAACAUCCCCUUUACUUCUCCAAUUUUGCUUGUCAAGAAGAAGGACAAUUCCUGGAGAUUUUGUGUUGACUAUAGGAAGUUAAACAGCCUCACUAUCAAAGAUAAAUUUCCUAUUCCCAUCAUUGAUGAGCUUCUAGAUGAAUUACAUGGUUCCAAGUUCUUCACUAAGAUUGAUUUGAAAUCUGGGUACCACCAAAUCAGAGUACACCCAUCUGACAUUCAUAAAACAACUUUCAGAACCCAUCAUGGGCACUUUGAAUUUCAGGUCAUGCCAUUUGGCCUCACCAACGCUCCUGCCACUUUUCAAUCUCUCAUGAAUAUUAUUUUUCAAGACCACCUAAGGAAGUUCAUCCUUGUAUUUUUUGAUGACAUUUUGAUCUAUAACCCUACCCUAGAAAGCCACUUGCUUUACUUACAAACUACAUUGGAAAUUCUCAGAAACAACAACUUGUCUGCCAACUUUUCCAAAUGUUCAUUUGGCCAACAAAACAUAGAGUACUUGGGCCAUAUUAUUACAGCCACUGGGGUUAUGGCCGAUCCUGCUAAAAUUUCAGCUAUGGUGGAUUGGCCUAUUCCUACAAACAUUAAAGCAUUGAGAGGAUUUUUGGGUCUCACAGGGUACUAUAGGAAAUUUGUCAAGAAUUAUGGUAUCGUCAGCAGGCCAUUGACUGAGUUAUUAAAGAAGGAUGCAUUCCUGUGGUCACCUGCUGCCACUACUGCAUUUAAUGCUCUCAAGACUGCCAUGAAAACAACUCAUGUGCUGGCCUUGCCUGAUUUCAACAAACAAUUUACCUUGGAAAUUGAUGCUUGUGACUCAGGUAUUAGAGUUGUGUUGAUGCAGGAGAAUAGAUCCAUUGCAUUCUACAACAAACCUUUGGGACCAAGAGUUGCUGCAUUGUCUACCUAUGAGAAGGAACUUUUGGCAAUUGUGCAAGCUGUCACCAGAUGGAAACAAUACUUACAAGGUCAAAAGUUUAUUAUAAAAACUGAUCAUCAGAGUAUACAUUACUUCUUAGAGCAUAAGAUUUCUAUUGUUUUACAACAAAAGUGGUUCAUGAAGCUUCUUGGUUUUGACUAUGCAAUCCUCUACAAGAAAGGCUCAGACAACAAAGUUGCAGAUGCAUUGUCUAGAAGACAUCAUGACUCUGCACACUGUCACUCCAUUACUUCUUCACAGCCUACAUGGACUCAAGACAUCAUUGCUAGUUAUAUUGCGGACCCCAAGGUACAGCAUCUCAUCACACUACUCUCCCUCACACCAGAUGCACCUACCAAGUACUCUUACACUGAUGGCUUAUUGAGAUAUAUUAUAUGUGGGCAUGUCUGCUAA